AGCUUUGAUCUUGGGUCGGCAGCAUCGCCAUGCGCCUACUACAAAGCGCUCCAUGAAGUGCGAACAUUGUUCUCGUUCGCCGCUCAAAUCGGUCUUGAACUGAACACUGUGAACCUUGGUGGUGGUUUCCCUGCCGGCAAGGUGGACAAAGAGCAAAGAUUUCCUGAGAUGUGCGAUGUGAUCAAUGCCGGUCUAGAUCAGCUGUUCUCUUGCAGAGAGUUUCCAGAACUGAAAGUGAUUGCGACGCCAGGAAGAUAUUUCGCUGCCGCUGCAUUUGUACUAUGCACCAACGUGAUCGGAAAGCAAGCACUGGAAGCGCGUCACAUCACGAAAGACGAUUUCGACGAUGGUGUUGGAUUUGUCUAUCAAACCAACGACAGCGUAUAUGGAUCGUUUGGAUGUGUGUUGAUGAAUUCGCAACCGUUGUGCACUCCUUUGGAUGAAAUCGCCGAUGCACCUCAGCAUUUUGGAACUGUGCUUGGCGCAUCACUCCAGCCAGGAGACGUAGCCCAGUCGCUGAUUCGCUGUCGUCAACUCUGUGUUGG